UGCUUUAAGUUCUGUUGUGCAUUCGCGUUGCUCAAUAAAAAGCCGGUGAUCUAAAAUGCUGCCUGCAGUUCGGAGGAGACUCUUAGAAAAAAAGAUCCUUUUUUAGUGUCUGAAAAAAUAAACGAGCAGGAUGAGUUUGUUUCAGCUGGAUGAUUUUUUAGCAGGAUGGAUAGGAGGUGCCUCCAGUGUGAUUGUAGGACAUCCACUUGACACUGUGAAGACACGAUUACAAGCUGGAAAAGGCUACAAUAAUGCCUUCCACUGUAUUGUAACCAUCUACAAAAAAGAAACUCUUACUGGCUUUUUCAAAGGCUUGUCCUUCCCACUAGCAAGCGUCACAGUGUAUAACUCAGUGGUGUUUGGCUUCUUCAGCAAUGCUCAAAGAUUUAUCAGUGAUCUUCGGUAUGGUGACAGAAGGCACCCGUGCGAUAUGAUUGACCUUACUGUGGCCAGUAUGAUUACAGGCCUUGUAUCAGUGAGCCUUGGGGCCCCAGUGGACCUGGUCAAAAUCAGACUACAAAUGCAAACUCAACCGAUCCUUGCACAAAACUUCACACUUGCUGGCAAUGGCAGUGUCCCUCUUCGAUCAGUGGGGCUCCAGAAUCAGCGUACAGAGUGUACAGUAUAUAGAGGGCCUCUUCACUGCAUCAGCAGCAUCCUGCAGACUGAGGGAAUCCAAGGGCUCUACAGAGGUGCAGGGGCCAUGAUACUCCGUGAUGUGCCCGGUUAUGCCCUUUACUUUAUCCCAUACACACUCUUAUGUGGCUGGAUGAACCCUAACAGUAACAGCUCCCCUCAUCCCUGCUCCAUAUGGCUUGCUGGUGGGUUAGCAGGAUCUAUCUCCUGGGUCACAGCAACACCAGCUGAUGUAGUUAAGAGUCGACUGCAAGCUGACACAAUGCAUCACAGGAAAUAUAAAGGAAUUGUUCACUGCAUCAUACAAAGUUACAAGACCGAGGGACUACAUGUCUUCUUCCGUGGUGUAUCUGUAAGUGCCGUCAGAGGAUUUCCAAUGAGUGCGACAAUGUUUCUGGGUUAUGAAUUAUCUCUCAAGUUUUUCCGAAGCCUGUGAUAAGUGUCUAAAGUUCCACCUAACAUCAACAUUUUUAACAUGGAACAUGUUUAAAGUUUAAUGGUUUUUAAGGGUCAAUUGUGUUUUUACUUCUUAUAUUAAGAGGACCUAAGGCUAUGAAUUGCAUAUGAUUUUAAAAAUCUCAAACCUUUUAUAAAAGCAUUUUAAUAUAUGUAUAUUUAGUCAUUUUUCUUUUAUUGGCAUGCUUUCUCUAAAUAUAAUAUGUUGGGCAGUAAUUUAGUGUUUUAAAAUGCUAUAUUUGCAUGAUUAUUUUAUUUUCAUUUUACCAUAUCAUCAAAAUGAGGUUAUAAUGCAAAUUUAACAAACAUGAUUCUAUAAAAUAUACAGUUGAAUCAGUGGCAUUGAUCUAAGUAUAUGUUUAUCAAGAUCCAGCAACAUUUGACUGUGGGUUAGUGGCUUAACUCUUCAACAGAAACAGCUGCACUAAAAUGUAGCUUAAACAACCCUCUAAAAACCUACAGACCUAAUCAAGUCAGCACUUUUUGUUAGCUACUUUAGUUAGCUAGAUGGAUACACAUUACUUAUAUUAGUUAUAUGUUUAAAUGGAAUACUGUAUAUGACAUAUAUAAUACAUAUGUUAAAAGGGGUCUAACCCCAUGGGCACUGAGCUUAUUUAAAUAAUUAUGUUAGAAGAUACCUGAGGUAUUUUCCCUGAAGUUUGUGUUCAUCCUGCAUCCCACAACAUGCCUGUGUUUUUUUCUUGACUUGGUCAUUUACGCAAAUGUCACUUAAACUGAGGAGUUGAAAUUCUUUUCUCAGCAACAUAUUUCAGAAAUUGUUCACUUCUUUGCCUUUUUUAUAUUUUGAACCAAUAAUAUAUAGUAAUAUAUUAUUGUCUUCGAAUAUAUAUAUAUAUAUAUAUUAUAUAAGUCUUAGAUUAUACUAGGUUCUUUCAGGUUCACUCUUUGCUAGAAAUGCUGAAUCACUGUGUGCAAGAGACCAGAUGAUCCUCAGUACUAAUUGCUCAAAAAAUGUAUGUGGAGUAAAAGAUACUGUGCAUAAUUCAAAAGCAAUGUUAAAGUAUUUUUAUUUUAUUAUAAUUAUUAUAGUAAUGUAAACUACUGGAGAGAAUGAAUAUAAAACUGAUGUGAUGUUUCCACCAGGUGGAGGUAUUGUAUAACAGUUUAAUAAUCUGUGCUGCGAGUUGUGUGUUGUUUUUAAUAACAGUCACCGUUCACUUGCUUUUUUUAAUUAAUUACAUUGUAUAACCCAUUUUUCUAUAUUAAGCUUAAGGUAUUGUUAGACAACCUGUUCUCACUGUUGUGGCUUUUAAUAUAAAAUAUCAAGAACGACAACAGUUUCCUUUUUUUAUAGAACAAAGAUUUAAUGUAAUGAAAUUUUUAAAAGAACUUGUGUUAUUUUAUAAAUGUUUUUAUUAUUGACUAACAAACACUCAACAUACACACAAAAUGUCAGUAAUAUCUUUCCUUAAGAUCUUCUGGUAGCUUUACAUGCAUAUUUAGGACAUUAAGUAGAACAUAUUGGAUGAUAGUGGAUCAUUUUUAUGAAGUCAGCUGUAUAGUGUACCAAAACUAAGUUACUGACUUGUCCUAGAUAUUAUUAAAAUUAAAAUUAAAAUUAUUUGUAUAGUGCUUUUAACAAUUCCCAUUGUCUUGAAGCAGCUUUACAGAAGUAUAGAAACAAAAG